AUGUCGAAUUCUGGAUAUGUUGGGAUUAUUCAGACAGCAGCGGAUGAACUAGACAUAACCUUCAGCAAAGGUUCAAUGCAAGCAUUAAUCGAAGAAUCAGAAAAUUUUAUUAACAAAUUCGUUCAGGAUUUGUCUUUUGUUUUAAUAAACUCCCAUGCACAGAAAUUAACACCAAAUCAUUUCAAUAAAGUAUUAAAAUCACGUGGAGAACAACCUCUUUUAGGCUAUUCUUCAAAUGUUCGCGUAAAAGACUAUCAAACUCAGCCAGGCGAAUUUUCAUAUCAAAAAUACUCUACAGUUCCAUUAUCUCAAUAUAUUACGACAUCUCGUCCAUUUGUAAAUAAUACAAUUCCAACAGGAAUCAAAUACGUUUUAGUUGAUGGAAUUAAGGUGCCAACUUUCAUGAAAAAGUCAUCAACAAAGACAAAAUCAGAUAAACCAAGAUCUGAUGAGCCCGAAAUUGUUAGCGGAGUUCUCAGUAAGAAACAAAUCGAUUAUAUGGUCGAAUCUAUCUUUUACUUGCGAACAGAUGACAACCACUCACUUGAAGUUGGUUUGAAACAGAUAUUAGAGGAUGAUGAACUGAUUAACGUAUUAACUCCUUAUCUUUUGCAUUUUAUUACAGGCAAAAUGGCCGUUCAGUAUCAUAAUGUCGAAAAGAUUGUUAUGCUUAUGAAAAUGGCUACGGCUAUCGCCUCAAAUAAUAAUGUUGAUCUAAUAUCUUAUUUCCAUCCAUUUCUCCGCAUUUGUAUGUCAGGAUUGAUAGGAACAGAUGUUGGAUCCAACGAAACCGAUGAUGAUUCGAAUGUCAGACGUUGCGCAAGCCAGCUUUUGAAUGUUUUACAUUCGAAAUGCAAAAAUGCUUAUCCGGCAAUGACCAAAGCUAUAUAUAAUAGCCUGAUCUCAGUAUUAUUUAACGAAACAACAUCGAUUGCAGCUCACAUUGGUGCUGUUUACGGCUUAGAAGUUCUUGGAAUCGAAUCAUGCGAGAGAGUUAUACCUCAUUUGGCCGGAUACUUAGCUGCAUUGCAGUCUAUAUCUAGUACAGUCUCAUUUGAGAAGUCAGUUCAAGGUAUUACUGUUGUGGAGGCAAUAAGAGAAUUAUGUGAGAGCACAAGAAACAAAACGAAAGACCAAAGCAUCUUAAAAUGGAUAGAUGAGAUUAUGGAGACAUCAGAUUCUAUUAAUUUUAAAUAG